UAACAAGAAGAAGAAGAAGAAAUGGGGAUCAAGAUUAUAUUUUCAUCAAUUUUAGUGUUUUGUGCUACUCUCUGCUUAUCGCCAUCAACAGCCGAACCCGUCGAAGACAAACAGGCCUUGCUCGAUUUUGUCGCUGACAUCAACCUAUCUCGGAAGCUGAAUUGGAACGAAACGUCUUCGGUAUGCAACAACUGGACCGGGAUCACCUGCGAUCGCGAUAAUUCAAGAGUGGUGGCGAUUCGGUUACCCGGGGUUGGACUGAAAGGCGUCCUCCCUUCGAAUAUCCUCACCCGAUUAUCCGCUCUUCAAAUCCUCAGCCUCAGAUCCAACGCCCUUACGGGCCCUUUCCCUUCCGAUCUUGUGAAGCUCGAGAAUUUGACGGGCCUUUAUCUUCAGCACAACCGUUUUCAGGGGCCGUUGCCGUUGGAUUUUCCUGUUUGGAGAAAUCUUACAGUGUUGGAUCUCUCGAGCAACGGUUUCAACGGUAGCAUUCCGUCUUCGAUAUCGAAUUUGACCCGGUUGACUAUUUUGAAUCUUGCUAACAACUCGCUCUCCGGCGAUAUCCCCGAUAUCGAUAUCCCUAGUUUGCGGUUCUUGGAUCUCUCCAACAAUAGACUCACCGGAAACGUGCCUCGGUCGCUUCGCCGAUUCCCUCGCUCGUCUUUCUCCGGCAACGAUAUUUCGACGGAGGAUUCUUCCCCUCCUCCGGCAGCGACUCCGGUGAAGCGUCGGUCGAAAUUCAGCGAAUCCGCAAUUCUCGGGAUUGUUAUUGGAAGCAGCGUGGUGGCGUUCGUCUCGAUCGCGCUUCUUUUGAUCGUCACUAACCGGAAAAACGAAGACGACGAUGUGUCGACCAAUGUCGAGAAGAAAGAGAAAUUUACGAAGAAGAUGGUUUCGGACCAUAUGGAGGGGAAGAAUACGAAGCUGGCGUUUUUCGAGGGGCAGGAAUGUAAUCUUGCAUUCGAUCUCGAGGAUUUGUUGAGGGCUUCGGCCGAGGUGCUCGGUAAGGGCACUUUCGGCACUACGUAUAAGGCGGCGUUGGAAGAUGCAACGAUCGUUGCAGUGAAGAGAUUGAAGGAAGUUGUGGUCGGGAGAAAGGAGUUCGAGCAACAAAUGGAGUUGGCCGGAAAUAUACGGCAUGAAAACGUGGCCCCAUUAAGAGCUUACUACUAUUCAAAAGACGAAAAGCUCAUGGUUUACGAUUACUACAAUCAAGGAAGCGUUUCCACACUAUUACACGCCAAGAGAGGCGAGAAGCGGGUCCCGCUAGAUUGGGAAACACGGCUAAGAAUAGCAAUCGGCGCGGCGAGGGGCAUCGAACACAUCCACUCGCAAACCGGGGGCAAACUCGUCCACGGAAACAUAAAGGCCUCCAACAUUUUCCUCAACUCCCAACACUACGGCUGCAUCUCCGACCUCGGCCUAACAACACUCGUGAGUCCGCGCGCACCUCCGGCGAAGCCGACCGCAGGGUACCGUGCCCCAGAAGUGGCAGACCCCACCAAAAGGACGGCACCACCAUCGCAGGCGUCCGACGUGUACAGCUUCGGAGUUGUAUUGCUCGAGCUACUCAGCGGAAAGUCGCCGGUGAAAGUUCCCGGCGGCGGCAGCGAGGAGGCGGCGGUCCACCUGGUCAGGUGGGUCACGUAUGUGGUUAGGGAGGAGUGGACGGGGGAAGUUUUCGAUGUGGAACUGCUGAGGGGUAUUAGAAGUUUCGGUACUGGAAAUAGCCAAACUUCUGGUACUAGGUCUCCUGGUUCGACUCCGAAUGUUACUCCACAUUCGGGUGAGACCCCUGGAUUUCGUGAAUAG